UUCAGCCAGACUCUCAGAGCCCCGAUUAACAACAGGCAAGAAGGCCUCAUCUUGCCCUAAGAAUAUAUAGCUUUACACUGGUAGGAUUUUGCCCCUCCUCAAGGAACAAUGACCCAGAAGGCCACCUUGGUGCUCCUUGCUCUGGCUGUCAUCACCAUCUUUGCUUUAGUUUGUGUCCUGCUAGCCAGCAAAAGUGGAGCUGGGGGUGAAGCUAGCCAGCCUCGCCAUUGCCCCUCAAUCUAUCCUAAUGGCCGGCCUUGGAAACACUCCAGCCAGAGCCAGAUAUUUGCAGACCUCAGCCCAGAAGAGCUGACAGCUGUGAUGGAUUUUCUCACCAAAAAGCUGGGACCAGGGCUGGUGGAUGCAGCCCAGGCUCAGCCCUCCGACAACUGUGUCUUCUCAGUGGAGCUGCAGCUGCCCUCCAAGGCUGCAGCCUUGGCCCACCUGGACAGAGGGGGCCCCCCACCUGCUCGGGAAGCACUGGCCAUCGUCUUCUUUGGUGGACAACGGCAGCCUAAUGUGAGUGAGCUGGUUGUAGGGCCUCUGCCCCACCCCUCCUACAUGCGGGAUGUGACUGAGGAACAUCAUGGAGGCCCGUUGCCCUAUUACAGACGCCCUGUGCUGGAAAGAGAGUAUUUGGACAUAGAUCAGAUGAUCUUUGACAGGGAGCUGCCUAAGGCUGCUGGGCUCCUCCAUCACUGUUGCUUCUACAAACGCCAGGGCCGAAACCUGGUGACAAUGACCACAGCCCCCCGUGGACUACAAUCAGGGGACAGAGCUACCUGGUUUGGCCUCUACUACAAACUCUCAGGAGCUGGGAUUUUCCUGCACCCUGUGGGGCUGGAGCUGCUGGUAGACCACAAGGCCCUGGACCCUGCCCACUGGACCAUCCAGAAGGUUUUCUAUCAAGGCCGCUACUAUGACAGCCUGGUCCAGCUGGAGGAGCAGUUUGAGGCAGGCCUGGUGAAUGUGGUGCUGGUCCCAGACAAUGGCACAGGUGCGUCCUGGUCCUUGAAGUCCCCGGUAGCCCCUGGUGCGGCUCCUCCUCUGCAGUUCUAUCCCCAAGGUCCUCGCUUCAAUGUCCAGGGGAGCCAAGUGUCCUCUCCAUUGUGGACUUUCUCCUUUGGCCUGGGAGCUUUCAGUGGUCUGAGGAUCUUUGACAUCCGGUUCCAAGGAGAGAGAGUAGCCUAUGAAGUGAGCGUCCAGGAGGCCUUGGCGGUGUAUGGUGGGAAUUCCCCAGCAGCAAUGCUGACUCACUAUAUUGAUGGCAAUUUUGGCAUGGGCAAGUACUCUACGCCCCUGACCCGUGGGGUUGACUGCCCCUAUGUGGCCACCUAUGUGGACUGGCAUUUCCUUUUGGAGUCCCAGACCCCCAAAACUCUACGUGAUGCCUUUUGUGUGUUUGAACAGAACCAGGGUCUUCCACUGCGGCGACACCACUCAGAAUUCGACUCUUACUAUUUUGGGGGCCUUGCGGAGACUGUGUUAGUGACUGUGUGGCAGAGAGAAUUCUGA